AUGAAGUUAUACUUUGACGCAGAAAAGUUCCUCAAAUACAACGAUGGCAGUCUCCAGAAACGGAUCUUCAAUGACAAACAUAUCAACAACCCAAAACACGUAUACGCAUUGGUCUAUUCCACCAUAAAGUACAAUGAGUACAUACAACAAAUCAUAAAAAAGUCCAAGAUACAAAAAGAACUAAAAACAAAGAUCAGCAAUGAGUUGUUGUCAUUGUUGGUACAUGAUUUGAUAUUUAGUUCUAGAGGUAGAAUUGAGAGUGGAAAGCACCCAAUCAAGGAGGCAGUGUUAGCUCACAAGACUAGAUUACAAGCGGAAUUCAUAAAGUUGAAGUUGAAAUACAAAGUCAAGUCCGUUCAGCAAUUACCCACUAAGGAUAACGAUGAUGAAACACCGGUAAGAUGGUUCAGGAUAAACUCAAUCAAGAUCGACCCAGAAAGGUUCUUCAAAAAACAUGCAUUUUUUUCCAAAUUGCAACCAGUCAACAGUUUUCAAGAUCUAACGGAACCUGGAUUCAUUUACGCCGAUGAUCAUAUUCCGAACUUGUACGGUAUUCAUCCAAAAGAAAAACUAUCAUUGACGGAGGCUUACAGAUUAGGUGAAGUGAUAAUCCAAGAUCGCGCAUCUUGUUUUCCAGCACAUAUCUUGAACCAUAACAAAGAACAUGUCAAGAUCAUUGAUGCUUGUGCAGCACCUGGGAAUAAAACCUCACAUGCAGCAUCCUACCUUCCUCAUGAUGAGAAGUCUGUUAUCUAUGGGGUUGAAAGAGAUGAGAAACGAGUAGGUAUACUACGCAAGAUGAGUGAACGGGCCCUUGGGAAAAGCAAAAAGAAAUUGAUUCAAGUAUUGCACAAUGAUUUUACAAAGAUUAACCCAGAAGAUUUCCCUGACGUUACUGGUCUCAUUGUUGAUCCUUCAUGUAGUGGGUCUGGUAUUUUCGGUAGAGCAUCAGAUGAGGAAGAGAGCAACGACCAAAGACUUGAAAAAUUGGCAUCAUUCCAAGUGAUUAUUAUGAAACAUGCAUUGUCGUUUCCAAAUGCUCGCAAGGUUGUGUAUUCCACAUGCUCAAUACAUGCUGAAGAAAACGAGAGGGUAGUGAUUGAUUUGCUCUCUGAUCCACAAGUGCAAGCUCAAGGUUGGAAAUUGGCUUCCAGGGAAGAAGUACUUCCGACUUGGGAAAGAAGAGGUAUUGAGUCAGAAUUUGUUGCCUUAUCCAGAGACGCUGAGGUUUGUAAACAAUUGGCAAGUGGAUGUGUUAGGUCCUCUCCAAAAGAAGAUGGGGGUAUCGGGUUUUUCGCUGCUUGUUUUGUUAGGGAUGCAAAAGAGGUUAGAGCUAAAGAGGAAGCAGGAGAUGAAGAGGAUGAAGAACAGUGGGCCGGAUUUGAGUAG